AAACGAUUACCGCAGAUCUUGCAACUUGUUACAGUUCGAUAUGAACAAGGAACUGCUCGAUGGUCGACUGCUGUUCGCGAUUCCAAAAAAAGGUUAAAUCUAUCUUGAUCACAGUUCGUUAGUACUAACCCAUCCUAGGACGGCUGCACGACAAAUGUCUCGAGUUACUCUCCGGCGCCGACAUCCAAUUCCGGAGAGCCAACAGGCUUGACGUCUGCCUAGUGAUGAAUCACCCCAUUGUCCUCGUAUUCCUUCCGGCAGCAGACAUACCAUCUUUUGUCGCAAAUGGGGACGUCGACCUUGGCAUAACGGGCCACGAUGUUAUUCUUGAAGCUAAAAUGCAGGAUCAGAUCACGGAGAUCCAUCAGCUAGGAUUCGGAAAGUGCGCUUUGCAAGUGCAAACUCCAGAAAAUGGGCCAUUCAAGUCUGUUGAAGAUCUCGCGGGAAAACGUGUGGUUACAAGUUUUGAUGUCAUCGCGGGGGCAUAUUUUGCCAAGAUCGAUGAGCAAUUGAGCCUCACUGGUGAUAACAGAACCAAGAUCCAGUAUGUAGGAGGGAGUGUAGAGGCAGCUUGUGCUCUUGGACUUGCGGAUGGUAUAGAAUCUGGAGAUACGAUGCGAGCAGCUGGUCUGCACGCCAUCGCGACAGUCCUUCAAACAGAGGCAGUACUAAUAAAAUCAAAAGCUCCCCAUCGCGCCCAUCAUGCAUCUCUGAUCGAUCUCAUGGCGAGCCGAAUAGCCGGAGUCGUGGCUGCUGGAAAAUAUGUUGUCUGCGAAUAUAAUGUUCGUAGGGAAUCGAUAACUCAGGCAGCAGCUCACCCUACCAUCAGUCCUCUUGAAGAGGAAGGUUGGGUUGCGAUCAGCAGCAUGGUUGAGAAGAAGAACAUUGCGAAUGUCAUGGACCGACUAGUGAAGAUUGGCGCAGAGGAUAUCUUAGUCUUCAAUUUGGAUAAUUGCAGGGUAUGAGAGCGUCAGCUCACCUCCACAUUUUAGCAUGUUUAUCCACAGAACUUCAAGUACUUCAAGUUGGUACUGCCGUAUCACGGCUCCUGUCCCUACUUCUUCGCUCAGAUACAACAUACAUAACAUCGAGGUCUGAGGAUAAGAAGACGAACCCAACAGUCUUCAUUUCUUGGCACGUCUGAUACAGAUUAGUGGCGAACUCAUAACGUCCAUCUACACUUCAGACCAUACACAUCGUAGUACUAUGAUUUAAAUGAAUAGUCAGCUUCUCUGUCUCUA